AUGGCCUGGUGCAUUGCUUUUACGUUGGAAGCUCUCUUAAUUGUUCUAGGAAACUUUCUCACUCUUGUUCUCUUCGCCGUUAACAAGAGGCUUCGUAAAAGAAGUUUGUUUUUGGUCAUUAAUAUGGCUUUUGCCGAUUUGCUAUCCGGAGCUGUAUCUCUGCCCAUUCUCAUUUACACCAUUGGAGCUGGUUUCAUGCUUUGGAAAGCACGUUUGGACGCGACGUUUUAUGCUUAUCAACGUUUUGGUCAAAUGGUUGUCUUACAGGCGUCUCUAAUUUCUGCGGCAUUAAUAACUUGUGAAAGACUUUACGCUGUCUGUUGGCCUCUGAGACACCGAAUUUUGUCAAUGAGGGCGUACCACACAGCUAUUUUUAUGGUUUGGAUACUAGCCAUCCUGUUUCCCGUUCUUGAGCUCUUAAUUUACAGCAAACUUACUUUUUACACGUUUGUUUCGAUCUUGUUGAGUCUAUUACUUACAGUAUGCAUCUGUAACAUCGCUAUUUGGAGAAGAUUUCAACGACGAAUUGCAUCGCAACAACAAAACCGAGAAGCACAAAAUCGACGUCUGACAAAGACCUUGCUUUUAAUAUCGACUGUCGAGAUCUUAUCUUGGCUUCCUUUGACUAUAAGUAAUCUUUUAGUUAUUGCUUUUGAGGUCCCCGUCCCUUUAGCAAUUUUGUUCUCUAGUGUUGCGGUAAAUUAUUCAAACUUUGUCCUAAAUCCAAUCAUUUAUGCGUUAAGGUUUCAGGAGUUUAAACAAGCACUG